UGUUUUAUAGAUUACAGCUGGAUAGUGGCAGUUAUUUUACAAAACAAAAUUUAAUGUGUUAAACGUUUUUCAUUUUAGAAUAGUUCGUUAAAAGCGUUCUAAAGCUUAAUUUUGAAUAAUAUUCAACGAUUAUUUCAUAAGCCAUUUUUCUAAAUAUACCAAACAGUUAUGCAAAUUGUAGCACUGAGGAUCUCAGAACGCUGGAAGUAUUCAAAUGAUUGAUUCGUAAAAACGCGGCUCAAAGUUGUUAGGGUGCUCGAAUUUUCAGAUAUCUUUCAAAGCUCAGCAGUUAAAUUCUAUCGAAAAAGCGAGGAAUCCGAAGUUUUUAAAAAAUCCGAGUUUUUAACCAGAUAUGUAGACUCGUUUGUUCUAAACAAGAAAUUGAUCAUUUGUGGCACUGGCUAAAUAAUUACCACUAGAUGCACAAUUUUCCCGUAGGUGCCGCUAUUAGGCCUACUCCCAUUCUGAGCAUCCCUCUGAUCCUGAGAGCCAUUAAUAAUUACAGUCAUUUCGAAUGAACGUUGUUUUAAGUUAGAUCGACAUUUAGAAAUAAGAACUUUAUGUAGUCAUGUAGACUUCAGUUGUUUGAUGCAAUCAAGAGCUCAGAAGAAAAAUCGAUUUUCACUUUCGACUUGAUGCACAGGAAGUUGCAUCAGUUGAUUAGUGCUGAGUAGUUGAGUUAAACAAUUAAUAGUUGACUUUUAAGUGCAAAUUUUGACUUUGCGAGCAUUGAUUUUUCGAAAUUUUCUUGUUUACAAACCUUUAUACUAACGCUACGUAUAUAGAAAAUCAUUGAAAAAAACAUUCGAUUCUUUACAAUGAAGAAUUUGGUACGGUGGAAAGCAGCACAUGUGCGUGCAUGCCGUCUCAGAUGGAACGAGCAAGAGUUUAAAAUUUACGCGCCCAUUGUUUAUCGUUGCACAUGUGCAUUCGAUUAGCUCAAAAAUAUAGCAUCAUAAUUAAAAGAUUUUUGAGAAAUUUUAAGGUUUUAGUGAAAUAUUCAUUGAUUUAUUUAUUAUUAUACGAAUUCCAGCAAAACUUUUAAGGAUUUUUUUUAUUUUUUAAAUUUACAACAUAAUAUUUAACGCCAGAUAAUAUUUAACGCGCCAGCACUAAAUUUUACUUCGGAUGUUAAUGGCAUUAUUUGCUAUAAUUUUUAUGAAUUUAGAUUUCCAUAUACCAAUACGGAAAGAGCGGCACUGAGUUCGACCUUAUGAACUGAAAAUUGAACUCUCUUUGUUGAACUGAAACCACUUCGCGAGUUCACUUCGAGUCGGAACCGCAACCAACGAACACGACGCAAAAUUUUGUCGUUCCGGCCGGAAUACUAUGAAAGGAACAUUAUAACAGAAUGUCGACCGUGUCAGCGUAAAAUUCUGUCCGUCAUUGUCAUCAUAUGGUGAGCGGCUUGGAAUGUCCGGAAACUUCCGGAUGUUAUUUACUUCCCGUGGGAAGCAACAUCCGGAAGUUUUCUUUGACCGGGAGUGUCGAAACUUUCCACCGCUCUAAUUGCAAGGCAAUGCACCGGAAGAGCAUCAUCCGGGUACAAAAUUUGAGUAUGCCUAUCAGAACUUAUAGUUUUGCGAUUGCCCAGUGGAACUCAAAGUUAAGUGACUGCCACUGAAGUGCUGUUUUGAACAAAAACUACUUAAUUUUGAGUUUAAAUAUAGGAGCGUGCCCUGAACGUGAUUCGCGGAGAAUCAAAAAUUUUUAAAUGUUUUCUUUGGCAGCACUGAACGAAAUUCACCAGAAUACAUCUCCGGAACGAUUUUCUCCAUUUUCUCCUUUUCUCGAAACAAACAAAAAAAAAAGAAACAAGCGCGAGAAUCAGACGAAGGCAGGCAAAGCAGCCGUUGAUCGGUAUUUCUCCGAGGAAGUUUAUGUUUAGUUAACAAAUUUCCUGUAUUUCUGAAGUGAAUCAAUUUGGUCGCACCCUGAUCACAAAUCACCGCCUCACGAUGGGUGUCAUGGGCUUGGUAACAUUUUUGUCCCGACUGCCGGGUGGUUGCCGAGCGGUGAAUGUUCUAGACGAAAUCCGAAACUCCGGCAAAGACGACCCGCUGAUCGUGCUCGAUUUGCUAACGCUGAUAUGCUCGCUGAGCGGCCCCAUCGAUGAGCAAAUCUACGGCUGCCGGAAUCAAUUCGCCUGGACAUACAUGACGAAGUUUUGCGAUCGGAUGCUCGAAGCCGGGGCACGGUUGGUCUUCUUCAUGGACGGCAAACUGCAGGAGGGCAAAUACAAACACUGGCUCCAAAGGCAGGACAAGCUGUACGGCGAACAUCUCAAAAAGCUGGAAAAAAUCCCGCCGGAAUGGAGGGGCAAAGAUCGCGGCAACGUUCCGGGCAACGUUUCCAAACAUGCCUUCAUCGCUGCGUUGGUGUCGGCCGCUCGGAAAAAGGGCGUUCUGAUAACGACCUACGAUGCCGAGUGCGACACGGAGAUAGCGCUUUUUGCCAAGAAGCACGAUGCCUUCGCUAUUUUUACGGGUGAUUCGGAUUUUCUUAUUUUCGAGGGUAAAUGGCGACUUUGGUCGAGCGCGGAUUUGGAUUUGGACGAAAUGAGAACAUUCGAGUGGGAUAAAGAAGUGUUAAGAACCACUUUGAAGUUGGACUGGAAUCAGAUGCCGUUUUUUGCAGUCCUGUCCGGAAACGAUAUGUACAAGAACCGCCCGUCCUUGUUGAGCACUUUCUAUAAAGUGGCCCAAAGGGUUAUCGACCUUGGGUUGCGAUCUGGUAAGGACAAAAUAACCAUAGAUUUGUAUCAGAGGAUUUACGGAAAAAGGGACGAAAACCAGAAAAACAGCAUGGAAGAUGCGCUGAAGCUGUACGACCUGAAUGUUUCGGUCAAAAAACCACUGGUCCCUGCCGAGAUGCGCCACUUUCCGAACUAUGCCAUCUGCAUUCUGCGUAACAUCCCGAACUCUAUUCGGUUGCCCUGCCUCGACCUGCGGGAUGCCGAAUACUCUCAGAUCGCGCUGCAGAUCUACCGUCGCCAGGUGGGGAUACUGUUCCGUCACCGGCCGGUUGUAUACGGUCAAACGCUUACGUCACCGAUUUUCAUCAAGCCGGGUCAUUUCGCAUCGUACAAAAUCAUCGCCGUUACACCGAUAACACCGCCGAUUGGCUUGCGAGUACCGAAGCCAGAGGAGCUGUACUCGCUGGACAGCGAAGUGUCUUCGAAUCUGGUGAUGACGAAGCUUAAAUUGCUAUGCUGGUUGACCUCCGAUACCCUGAGCGUCGAAGACGUUUUCUACAUUCAUCCCAACUACCUUCUUGAUGUUCUGACGCUGUACUUUCUUGUUGAGAACAAUCUCAUCGACGUUAUCACUGCCGACAUUAUUCUGGUGGUAAUUCACGAUUGCCUGGCCAAUACCAUUCCCCGGGUGCUGCCGUUGCUGCGGCCUCGCAUGAAUAAUCUCAAGGUGUGUCACAUCUACAACGGAUUCUACGCCCAGCUGUAUUUUUGCGCAGAAACUGUUGGCCUCCGGAAGGAACUGGAUUCCUACUUCCUGAGCAAAUUUGACGGGGUAUAUUUCAAUGCAAUCGUCGACCAGCUGCGGUACGAUUACUCUAAGGUUGAGGAAACCCUCAGUUCGCUGAGCAACUUGCGACUGUACGCUCGUCUAGCCGUUGCUGCUGGAGAUUGUUCAGUGGGUCAAGCUACAAUACAAGACCGGAUGGAGCAGUUGUCUCUACGGGAUGAUGGCGUAAAUCAGUCGACGAAAACCGACAGCAGCCAUUCAUUCGGUUAACGAAGAGAUCGUUCCAUUUUGUUUACCUUCAUUAAAACCAAAUGCAAGUUUUAGGUGAACUUUUCAUCUGCGUUCUUUUCAAAUCAAUUUUGAGAAGAAUUGAAUAGAUCAGAUUUCUUAGUUAAAUUAAAACUAACUUUAAGAAGUUUCCUCACUCCUGAACUGUAAAUUGCUCCUUUGACUGUCCACAUAAGUUUCCUUUCCACCGUCAGCUUCCCAAGUCAUAUACUGGCAUAUUAACUACAACCAAAAAUAUGAUAGUGAUAUUCGUAUACAUGUGUUUGCAUUUGCGUUUUUCAUACGUUUUUUUAAGUACGAAACAAAAAAUCAUAACAUAUGCACAAAAAAGGCACAACAAACAUUGGUGAACAUUUAAACAGUAUAAACAGAUUAAGAUUCCUAACUCUACGAACGGAGUAUAAACAAAAACGCCGGCCAUAGUAUAAUAUAAGCAAUUCUAUUUUAAUAAAGUUCUUAAAGCUUAACAUCGAAA